UGAGCCCUUAUGUUGAAACCUUUUUAGGGCAUGAUUGCAUGAUUUUAUUUAGUUCUUUGUUUUGUUCACAUUGCUUAACUGGACGUCUUCUUCAACAGAUAGCAAACAAAUGGGUGGCUCAACAAUUUAGUUUGUUUGUUCUCUCAGUGUCCCACAUAGGCUCACGGACUUGAUCAUGGUGCUGGAUGAUGGUUGCUCUGGCUCAUAUCUUUUACAAAACUAUCUAAUUUCUGCAAGUGUACGACACAUAGCCUGUUUAAACAAAUAAGACAUUGAAAAAAGCAUAUUAAAGGUGUAAUCAAUCAUGGGUGUUUGAACACUAAGACGACGUUUUAACAUAAAUCCACAUAAGGAUUUAGCCUAUGGGCAUUAAAAACAAUAUUAUCUUCUAUGACAAAUUCCCUUCUGGUUUUUCAGAGGCAAUUGUUCGUUCACUGCAUUUUGAUGGAACUUUUCUUUCGACCAUUGCUGUUUCCAUGGUAACCCGAAAACAGCUGAGCAGCAGCAGACUCUGUGAGCAGGCAGUAGUAAUGAAAUACCGAGAAGAUCGAUCGGCCGCUGCUACGAACCCUCAGAGACCCCGUGAAGAGGUGAAGAGGCUUUCGGGGCAGCCGAACCUGUAGUUUGACAACAUUAUGGUCUGUUUAGAGUUCACGGAUUGACAUCAGGAUUGUCAGGUGUCCAUGAUGCUGCAGCUCCCCUUGGUGGUGACGGCUCAGGUGGACCUGGUCCUGCUGCUGGUCAGCCUGCUUGCCUUCUGGACCAGACUGAGCCACCUCAGCUACCCCAACGCUGUGGUUUUUGAUGAGGUGUAUUACGGCCAGUUUGUAUCUCUCUACAUGAAGAGGGUUUUCUUUGUUGAUGACAGUGGACCACCGCUUGGUCACAUGAUCCUAGCCCUUGGAGCCUACAUGGGAGGAUUUGAUGGGAACUUUGUGUGGAACAGAAUAGGAGCAGAGUAUCCCAGCACUGUUAGUGUUUGGACUCUGCGGUUGCUUCCCGCUCUGUGUGGAGCACUCUGUGUUCCUAUGGUUUACCUGUUGACACUGGAGCUCAAGUUUUCUCACCUGUCAGCUCUAGGAGCUGCACUGCUGCUUCUGCUGGAGAACUCUCUAAUCGUCCAAUCCCGUUUCAUGUUACUGGAGUCGGUCCUGAUCUUCUUUGUGUUGUUGGCCUUCUUCUCCUACCUGAGAUUCCACAACACAACCGACAGCUGGUUCAGAUAUUUUUGGCUUCUCCUCUCUGGGGCUUCCUGUGCUGCAGCGGUAGGGGUGAAGUACAUGGGUGUGUUCUCUUACCUGCUGCUGCUGGGUGUGGCCUCUGUGCACACAUGGAACCUGAUUGGAGAUCGAACUGUCAGUCAUUUGAGUGUUUGUGUGCAGUGUGUGUGUCGAGUUGUGUGUCUGUUGGUGGUUCCUGUCCUUCUCUAUGUGUUCUGGUUCUACAUCCACCUGAGUCUUCUGCACCGUAGUGGACCACAUGACCAGCUUAUGAGCUCUGCUUUCCAGGCCAGUCUAGAGGGCGGUCUCUCGAGGAUCACUCAGGGUCAGCCUCUAGAGGUCGCUUAUGGUAGUCAGGUAACUUUAAGAAGCUCUGCCUCCCAGCCAAUCCCCUGCUGGCUUCAUUCUCACAAAGCCAACUACCCAAUAAGGUAUGAAAAUGGGCGUGGCAGCUCACACCAGCAGCAAGUAACCUGUUAUCCCUUCAAAGACGUCAACAACUGGUGGAUCAUCAAAGAUCCUGGCAAACAGGAGCUGGUGGUCAGCAGUCCCCCUCGCCCUGUUCGUCAUGGUGAUGUCAUCCAGCUAGUUCAUGGGAUGACCUCACGCUUCCUCAACAGUCAUGAUGUAGCAGCUCCCAUGAGCCCUCAUGCACAAGAAGUGUCAGGUUACAUUGACUUCAACGUUUCUAUGGCGGCACAAAACCUCUGGAGAGUGGAUAUCUCUAACAGGGAGGCGGAGUCAGACUCGUGGAAGACGAUACUGUCUGAGGUUCGACUGGUCCAUGUCAACACCACAGCUGUCCUCCGGCUGAGUGGCGUGUCUCUUUCAGACUGGGGUUUCCGUCAGCUGGAGGUCGUCGCCGAGAAGCUGUUUAAAGCUCACAGCAGCAGUUUGGACUGGACGGUGGAGGAGCAUCGCUAUGGAACCAGUCAGGAGCAGAAGGAGAGGGAGGUGGAGCUUCAUUCUCCCACUCAUAUAGACGUGGACAGAAAAAUUUCCUUUUGGGCAAAAUUUUUAGAACUUCAGUGGAAAAUGCUGACGGUGAAACAGGAAGACUCUGAGCACAAAUAUAGCUCCUCUCCUGUGGAGUGGGUCACCAUGGAAACCAACAUCGCAUACUGGCUGCAUUCCUCAAACAACGCUCAGAUCCAUCUUAUUGGUAACCCAGUGUCGUGGGGCGUGGCAAACCUAAGCCUGUUGGCCUAUCAGCUACUGGCAGCCAUCUACCUGCUCAGGAGAAGGCGGGACUUUAAAGACCUGCCCGAUGGUGUGUGGUGUCAGUUUGUGUGUUUGGGAUCUGUAUGUGUUGGUGGCUGGCUAGUGAACUUUGUCCCGUUUCUCCUGAUGGAGAAAACUCUCUUCUUGUAUCACUACCUGCCUGCCCUCAGCUACCUGCACCUGUUGAGUCCUGCCCUGUUGGAGCACACACACACUCACCUACUCAGCAGUGCAACACACCGACGUGCGCUUUAUAUAUGUGUGUCAGCCGUGCUGGUGUCAGUAUUCCUGUCAUAUCGGACCUUCUGCCCUUUGACCUACGGCAGCCCCGAGCUGUCAGCCAACCAGCUGCAAGGGCUGAAGUGGAGAGACUCCUGGGACAUCCUGUACCGCCGCCGGUAGAGAGACACCCUCGCAGACAGGUACUCUGUCUGUGGGGCAGGGUGUCACAGUGUAUGUUUUCUCAUCAUGAUGAGGCGAACUGAAGUCUUGCCCCCAGAUCACAUACUGGCACUGAGUCCAGAAUCUGAUGCUCUGACGUUUCUGAAUUGAGUACAUCAGGGGACACAGUCAAGAAAAAGAACCUGAGGGUGCCCUAAGAAGUCUACGAGGUCAAAUGUGAGGAGGAGCUUUAGUCAUGUGACCUUAGAUUGCAGCUGUUUCCCCAAACCAGCCUCUUGACUCUACAGUCUGUUGACACUGAGAAAAGGAUUCAAAAAAAAAAAAAAAAAAUAUAUAUAUAUAUAUAUAUAUAUUUAUAUAUAUUUAUAUAUAUUUAUAUAUAUAUAUAUAUAUAUAUAUAUUUUUUUUUUUUAAUGAAGACCAUUUUAUCCCAUGUUGCAUUACUCUCAGUUCAGCUCAGAAAACAAGAAUAGACAGUUAUUGUUUUGGGACAAAGUUGAAGUAAGUUAUAAAACACAUUGUCUGAUAUUAGUAUGAAAGUACCUGCUCAAACAUCACACUGGGAACACUGAUCUGGGGCUUAUUUGUAAUCCUACUGAAACGUUCUGAUAAUGUUGUCCAAGCUGAAUGACAGCUUGAGUUUUAAAUCACAAAAUAAAGCAUACAGUGAACAGUAAAACAAUGUGCUUUUAUAUUGAAUGUGCUUUUAUAUUGAUACUUUGUGAACUCUGAAAGUGUUGUUAAUAUUGUUAAAUAUUUAGAUUACCCUGACACAGAGUACUGGAGCUCUGACACUGUCUUAGAUUAAUAAAUUGCUUGUCAAUUCAGAAUUGAUAAUAAACCCAUGACUGAUGAAUA